AUGAAGCUCUCCCCUCCGGUUGAAGAUGGACCAGUCACGAAUUGCAACUGCUCGAUCUGCCAUAUUAACGGCGCCCUGAUGGUUUACCCACUCGAAUCGAACAUCACCUGGGAGAGCGGUUUCGACGAGAUGAAGACCUACACAUUCGGCCAGAAGAGGAUUGCUCAUACAUUCUGCCCAACAUGCGGGACCAGCAUUAGCGGGAAGAGUACUGAUCCCAACUUCUUCGCCCACAAUCGGGCUAUCAAUGUUAGUCAACCUCACGAGCUCCUGUGUCAUUUCUCCUAUUUCACGGGUCCACCAGGCUCGAUCCACGUUGCCUAA